GGAGGGAUGGGAAGGGAAAGGAAAAGAAAGGCGCCGCUUCCGCCACGGCGGGGCGGGCCCGGGCGGAGAGCGGCGGCGCGGCCGGGCUGGCGAGGCGAUGGAAGCGAGUCCCAUCGUGACGUCCAAGCAGCGAGAGGAGGUGGUGCACGGGGUGCCCACCGAGGUGGUGUGCACAGCCUUCUCCAACUCGGUGCUCGUGGUGGUCACACAGUACGGCAAGAUGGGCACCAUCGUCUACGUGGACCCCAACACCAUCGGCGACAACGUGGGCAGGCCCUCGCUCACCACCAAGGUGCUGCUGGGCAAGGAUGAGCCCCUCGUUCAUGUCUGUGCCAAAAACCUGGUGGCAUUUGUGUCACAGGAAGCCGGGAACAAACCUGUUCUCCUCGCCAUGGCUCUAAAGGACAAAACCAUGGAAGGAAUACAGGCCCUACGAGAAGUGAUCCGAAGUUGCCAAGUGUGGUGAAGUUGUGCCAUCUGGAUUCAAGGAAAUGAUCCUGAGCCCAUGACUCAUCACCACCUAGUUGAAAGGACUAGAAAUGAAAAUGAUGGAAUGUCUUUGUGGUGGUUUUGGACGUCCUGAGGAAUUUCAUGAAUUUUUCUCUACUGUGUAGAACGUUUGUGGGUUUUAUUACUGGGAUAGGUUUGCAAGUCCAUAUAGACAGUGGUGAGACGAGAGCAAUUGUCUCAACAAAGGAGAGAAGUGCUACUUUUAUCAUGUUGGGUGGGUCAUUUAUUUGGGAAAGGGCUCGGCUCUGCUCAUGUGUCCUGAGGAGCAGCAGAUGCCAAGCUCUGUAGCUGUGCCAUACCACAAAGGGGGAACACCCAGUGCAGAGGGAAUAAAAGAAACAUUGUCAAAUCAAAUUUUACCUGUUUUCUUUUUUGCUCUGUGAGAAUCACUUCAAUUGAAAUACAAGCUUUGGUAAAAAAUCAACAGUUGUAUAAUGGGAAAGGUUUUCUUGCCUUUUUUUAGGAAAUGAGUCCUAGAUGGCUGCUUUUGUCCUUAUGUCCAUUCUUUUCUGGAUGUAGUCUGAAUUCAUUUUCUACUUUCACUCUGAUUUUAAAGAGAGGCAGAUCAUGAUGCUCUGCAAAUUUCAUGCAAGCUGAUGUCAGGGUGGAAGACAGGAACCCAAAAUAGUGGUAAGAAAAUAAUCUCUGCCAAUGGAUUACAUGGUACCAAGACACUGGAGAAACAGAACAUCCAUAGGCUGAUGACCUGCAAUGAGUAUCUGUCUUAGGAGAUGUGGGGACAGAUGGUUUGAGGGGUUACACAGGGUUGUUGUUUCUGCCAAGUCAUUUACAGAAGGUGUCAGAUUAUGUUGUGUGAGCUGAUGCAAAGAUUAAUAACCAAACUUUUGCCUUUUGCUUGGAAAGCACAUUUGUUUUUACCUCUUGUAAUAAACAACAACAAGUAGUAA